GAAAGAGAGAGAGAGAGAGAGAGAGAGACAUCUAAAUAUGGCUACAGCUAAGAACAAGGGAAAAUCCAUCAUGAGCUUCUGUACCAGCGAAGUAGAGAAAAUGGAUCAUGAGAUGGAAUCAGAGGAGGCCCUCCAAUUUAAGAGUAAAGAUAAUUCAGUUUCAGGUACAGACAUGUGGAAGCCAUUUGUUGGAGAAACAUCCUCGACGUUGUCGCAGAGAAGCCUUAGAAAGAUUAGGACCAUUGACCGACAUAACCACCCUUAUCUUUUAUCCUCUUCCUAUGUUACUCCUGAUCAGCCGCCGCCACCAACCACUGCUUUUCCCUUUUCCCUUGCUCCAUCUAAUAUUCAAAACCAGCAACUGUUUUCAUACCCGAGGCAAAUGAUCUCGUUUGGUCCUCAACAUCAGGUGCAUCCAUUUUUAAACGCACAUCAACAACAUAUGAUGCAGUACUGGAGAGACAUACUGAAUCUGCCACUGCCACUACAAUUAGCGAGACCGGUAAUCCAACCCUUCAGCGCCACCAAGCUGUACAGAGGGGUCAGGCAACGCCACUGGGGGAAAUGGGUCGCUGAGAUCCGCAAGCCAAGAAACAGAACACGUCUCUGGCUCGGGACAUUUGACACAGCAAAGGAAGCUGCUAUGGCAUACGACCGGGAGGCCUUCAAGCUGAGAGGCGAGACAGCAAGGCUUAAUUUCCCGGAACUCUUUCUGAAUAAGCAAGAGUCCACUCCGCUGCAUCAGAAACAGCCUGAAACGCCUGCUGCUGCGGAGGCAAACGAGAGAGGAAAUGAUGAUUCGAGUGUGGCAGUGGGAGGGGUGAGUGAUGACACAGGUUGGGCUGAGGCAUGGUUCAAUGCAAUUCCAGAGGAGUGGGGACAAGGAAGCCCUCUCUGGGAUGAUUACCAUUUUCCUAUUUCUUAUAACCAGAAGGAAGAUCAUGAACAAGAUCAACCACCCCGACAAAAAUAAACUCUGAAUUAUUAUGAUAAUAUUACAAAGCUAGUUUGCACUUUCACUUUUAUCAGUCCUCCUAUCAUACAUAGACAAUUAGAUAGUUGUAUGCAUGACUUGUGAUCUAGAUGGAGACAGUUUUUGUCAUCUCCUCCCACCAUAACUCCCACAUUCUGAUUCUCUAUCAUCGGCGUAGUUUUUGUUGAUAGGUAAUUGUGAGGAUCUAAUGGGAUCAAUCCUCACUAUAUAUAAGCUUUGUUGGU